AUGGCUGUCGAGGCCUUGUUCCUGGAACUCCUUCACUCUCGACCGGAUUCGAGGGGCGGUCGCGCUUUUCGAUCGCGAGGUGGUACUCGUCCCUGCGUCAACGAUAGGUCCUACGUUUUUGCCCCUUUAAGGCAAAGGCGGAGACCUCGUAAAGAUAAAGGGAUCGCUUUUGAUUCCUCGUCGGGAGAUGGCGCGACGCCGAGAUACGACCCCGGCUUUACCUCGGAGAGUCGGGAUGUUCCUCCUCCGGGUGACUUCUUUGACGAACUCCCUCCGGCGUUUUCCCGUGACGAGUCUUUGGACAACGAGGAAAGGGACAAAGUGACUGCGGAGGGUGCUCGCUUGGUCAACGAGGCCGUGAGAGUUUGGAAUGCAUCGAUUGAUGGGAGUUUCCGCACCGCCCGGUUGGCCCGUUUUAAAGCGGAGGAAACGGCAAGGGAGUUUGCUAAGUAUCGAUUGGAAAUGGAGGAGCAAAAUCGCCGGCAAGCCGAAAUCCAAGCUCGAGCCCUCGUUCGCGCGGAGAGGAGCGGACGGAGAAGAGCUGCCGCCGAAAUGAACCGAAGGGCUGAAAUUUUUUCUACUGAGUUCGAAGCUUACAAAGAGGCUCAGGACUUUGUAGGUGAUUUUCGCGAGUGCCGUGGUUCGGUCGGUACCCUCGGCAAGAUGCAGCGUGGGGGCUUCUCUAUUUCCGGCGAACUCGCCACGAUGGACAGCUCGAUGAGGAUAUGUGCCAACGCCGAAUCCUUUGUUCCCCCAAUUGAAGGAAGAAUCCGAGAACUGUGGAAUCCUAUCCAGGUUUCGGAGGAUACGGCGGAUGUAGGAGAGGGUCCAAACGCAGGCGACGGGGAUGAGGAGGUUGAUCAGCCCGACUCUUCGUUCGGAAUAUCUCUAACCGACUGCUAUGAAUUUGAUUAUAACUUAUGA